AUGGCGAGGAUCAAACCUCAAGCUCUCUUACAACAGAGUAAAAAAAAGAAGGGACCGAGUCGAAUCAGUUUUGUUACGAUUGGGAUCUACGGUCUGAUUGUUGUUGUCAUGGUGAUUUUCCUUUUUGCUUCAUACAGACACUGGAAUAGAAGGUCAAAUUUUCAGACCGGUGAUAUGAUAUCGAGUGUAGAGCAUGAUAGUUUACGUGUUGACUCGAAGAAAGUUGAUAUUCCCAAGUAUGCUGUGAUAAACACAUCAAAAGGCUCAAUAACCGUGGAACUUUACAAGGAAGGUUCUCCAGACGUUGUUAAUGAUUUUGUUGAGUCAUG